GGCGGUGACCGUGCAGCAGGCAAUGAUCCCUCGCCAUUCUCUGUCCCCAGGUCAGAGCAGCAUGGAGGCUGGGCACAGAGCCGCCCGAAAAGGCCGGAAACUGGGCUCCAGCCGGCGGCGGCAGAUACGGGAGCCCGCUGCUGGCCAGGAUGGCCCUGUGGCUCCAGAGUCCUGGCCCUCCCAGGCAGCGGAGGAGCUGCAGGGCUUCUUCCAGGCCUGUGGUGCCGCGGAGAGGGGCUUUGUCACCCGAGAGGACCUGGCGGUGGCCAAGUUCAGCUUCCUGGGCAGCGAGGAGGAGCCGGAGAUGAUCUUUGACUGGGUGGAUGUGGAGCGGAAGGGACACCUCUCCCUGGAAGAGUUCAGCUCUGGGCUGAAGAGUAUCUUUGGCUCCAGCCCGAGCACCCAGAGGGUCCGCGGAAGGAGGCCACUGUCGUCCAAGCGCGGGUCCGCGGCCACCAGCUUCCCGGUGCUGGAGGAGGCGGACGCGGAGGAGAGGGAGGCGUUUCUCGCCUUCAUGGAGCAGCUGGGGGGUGACCACUCACUUCCUGAGCAGGAGAUCUGGCAGCUGUGGGGGAAGCUGAGGCAGGAGGAGCCCCAGCUGGCGGGCAACCUGGAGGGCUUCCUGGCGCAGAUGACCAGCCGCCUGCAGGAGGCCCGGGCCGACAAGGAGGCUCUGGAGCUGACCCUGAGGAAGCGGGACUCUGACCACCAACGCGAGGUCCAGCAGCUGUACGAGGAGAUGGAGCAGCAGAUCGGCCGGCAGAAGCAGCAGCUGCAGGCCAAGAGUGACUCCCGGGACCUGGCCCUCAGCUCGCAGAUGCAGGAGGUCCUGGAGGCCAAGGAGCGCGAGGCGCAGCAGCUGGCCGAGGGCCAGAGGGAGGUGAGUGCGGCGGCCCGGAGCCCGGUCCCUGAGGACUCAGACGCUGGCCCCCCUGUCCCCAGAGCAGGUGAGGACGAGGCUCCCGACCCUCAGGCGGUCUCCUCUGAGGAGGCGCCCCUGCCGGGACUGUUCGAGGACAAUGAUGACUGGGACCGGCUCCUGAACAGCUUCAACAGCCCCUGGCACAGAACCCCACAGCUCCUGUGGAGCCCGCCCGCGACCCCCACAUCCCCCUCAGCCCCCCAGAUACCCCGAGUGGUCAGGCAGAUCUCCAUCUCAGAGCAGCAUGAUCUGCUAUUUGGUCGGGAUCCAUCUUCAGAUGCCAAUGGGGCCCCAAGGAGCCCCCCUGGGGUGACAGCCAGGCCCGAGGAAGGGAGAGCAGUGGGCCCAGGUGGGCAGGACCUCAGUGUAGAGCGGCCCGCGGAGGGUCUCGGCGCGCACCCUCAGGAAGGGCCCGGGCCUGAGGGUCUGGAGGGUGUGGGUCAGGCUCCCCUGGCUGAGCCCUCAGAGGGUCUGGAGGCUGAGGCUCCUCUGGCUGAGCCCACAGUGGGUCUGGAGGGUGUGGGUCAGGCUCCCCUGGCUGAGCCUUCAGUGGGUCUGGAGGGUGUGGGUCAGGCUCCCCUGGCUGAGCCCUCAGAGGGUCUGGAGGGUGUGACUGAGGCUCCCCUGGCUGAGCCCUCAGAGGGUCUGGAGGGUGUGGGUCAGGCUCCCCUGGCUGAGCCCUCAGUGGGUCUGGAGGGUGUGGGUCAGGCUCCCCUGGCUGAACCCCCAGAGGGUCUGGAGGGUGUGACUGAGGCUCCCCUGGCUGAGCCCCCAGAGGGUCUGGAGGGUGUGACUGAGGCUCCCCUGGCUGAGCCCCCAGAGGGUCUGGAGGGUGUGACUGAGGCUUCCCUAGCUGAGCCCCCAGAGGGUCUGGAGGCUGAGGCUCCCCUGGCUGAGCCUUCAGUGGGUCUGGAGGGUGUGGGUCAGGCUUCCCUGGCUGAGCCCUCAGAGGGUCUGGAGGGUGUGACUGAGGCUCCCCUGGCUGAGUCCUCACAGGGUCUGGAGGCUGUGGGUCAGGCUCCCCUGACUGAGCCCUCAGAGGGUCUGGAGGGUGUGGGUCAGGCUCCCCUGGCUGAGCCCUCAGAGGGUCUGGAGGCUGAGGCUCCCCUGGCUGAGCCAUCAGAGGGUCUGGAGGCUGAGGCUCCCCUGGCUGAGCCCUCACAGGGUCUGGAGGCUGUGGCUCAGGCUCCCACGAAGGCAGUGGCGCAGCAGGGUGAGCUGGGCCCAGAUGUGCUGGAGGGCCGUCCCGGGGGGCUAAGGGAAGCUCCUGGCCAGGUCCAGCUAAGUGGGCUGCCUGCCCUCCCACAGCAGAGUCUAGAGGAGGAGCCCAGGGAGGAGGAGGGGAAACAGGGGGGCCAGGGCAGGCUAGGCCUCAGUUCAGAGCAGCCCUCUGAGGCUAGGGGCCUGAGGACCGGGCCCUCAGAACGCCCCCAGCGAAGUUCCCUGCCCGCCCCUCUCCCACCUGACACAGCGCAGGCUCAGGCUGAGGCAGAAGGCCCUGCUGGAAGACCGUCCCCUCCAAGGGACUCUCCCCCUCGGGGGGCUCAGCCUGGGGGUGGGGCAGGGCCCCAGCCGCCCACGAACACCCUGCCCAGCACAGAGGCUGCGCUGGAAGCCCAACCCAGGCCGCCACCCACAGCCGCUCAAGCGGAGGGAGAACAAGGCCCCCCACAACCCCGUGAGCCUCGGGCAGAGAACAGGCCUGAAGACCCAGGAACAGGCUCCGGGGAGGCUGGGCUGACCCCCUCCCCAGGGGGCCCCACGGGCAGCGAGCCUCCAGCCAACCCUGAUUACAUCUACCACAUCAUCUUCCUGGGAGACUCGAACGUGGGCAAAACAUCCUUCUUGCACCUGCUGCACCAGGACACCUUCGCCUCUGGGCUGACAGCCACUGUGGGAGUGGAUUUUCGGGUCAAAAACCUGCUGGUGGACAACAAGUACUAUGCGCUGCAGCUCUGGGACACGGCUGGCCAGGAGAGGUACCACAGCAUGACGCGGCAGCUGCUCCGAAAGGCUGACGGUGUGGUGCUCAUGUAUGACGUCACAUCCCAGGAGAGCUUUGCCCACGUGCGCUACUGGCUGGACUGUCUCCAGGACGCAGGGUGUGUUGGAGUGCAAGUUCUUCUCCUGGGAAACAAGAUGGACUGUGACGAGGAGCGGCAGGUGUCCACCGAGGCUGGGCAGCAACUGGCCCAGGAGCUGGGGCUCUCCUUCGGAGAAUGCAGCGCGGCCCUGGGUCACAACAUCCUGGAGCCCAUGGUGAACCUGGCCAGGUCACUCAAGAGGCAAGAAGACCUCCUGAAGGGCUCGCUGGUGGAGGUGGCCCCGGAGAGGCCGCCGAAGAAAGCUGGCUGCUGCUCCUGACCAGCUGGCCCGGCUGGGGGGACGGCCCCCCUCGGGCUCCCUGUCCCGCCUGCCUGGACAGCAACAUCGGAGGCCCAGCUCGGAAGAUCCAGAGAAUCCUCCCGGGUCAGGGCUCGGGUCCCAGGGCCGGGGCUGCACUAGCGCUGCCCUUCGCUCCCGGAAGAAGGACUUUGCUGAGCAAAUAACCUUGGGGUGGGGGACUCUUUAAAGAGAGGAAAAGUCUAGAGCAGUGGUUGGCAAACUCAUUAGUCAACAGCGCCAAAUAUCAACAGUACAACGACUGAAAUUUCUUUUGAGAGCCAAAUUUUUUAAACUUAAACUAUAUAGGUAGGUACAUUGUUAUUAACUUAAUCAGGGUGCUCCUAAGGCUUAGGAAGAGCCACACUCAAGGGGACAAAGAGCCGCAUGUGGCUCGCGAGCCGCAGUUUGCCGCCACGGGUCUAGAGAAACAGCUUAAGGAAAAUACACCACAAUAUUAGCCACCCAUCUCUGGGCAGUAAAAUUAUAGGGUGAAUGUGGGGCCGGUAUCUUCCUUUUAUACGUGUUUGUCUUUUUGGAUCUUCUACGGUGACUG